AUGAACUUCGUUUGUCCGGAUUGUACUCCAGAUUUGAAUCAGAUUUUCGAAUCGGCUGACGCUCUUGAAUCGCAUAUCGCUGGUGAUCAUCUCGAUAUGUGCCCGUAUGAAUGUGAGCGCUGUCGUUUUGCUAAAUUCCCAACCGAAUUUGCUCUUGUUGCACAUUGUCGACGAGAUCAUGGAAUCAGUGAAUUUCAUAUUCGUUUCAAAUACUCUGAUGAUCUUGAAAAGAAACGCGUUGAGCUGAAGAAGAAAAUGCGUUCAGCAAUUGCUCCCUUGCUAACAGUUUGUUCAGCUACAGGGCAACUCCAAGUGAGCACUGGAUCUUUCAGCAAUACCAACAGUGAAUCGGAUGUGAUGAUUCCAUCCUCGGAGAGUAUAACGAAUUUCCGACUAGAAGAUGUCGCCGAAGCUGGAGUCACUCAAUCUCUUCAACAGAUUAUGAAUUGUUUACCCUUGGAUGGAUCGUUGCUUAAUGAAGAUCAUUGCCCUCCAUCAAAUAGUCGAGGAGAAUCGAAUUCGCCGUGUGAAGGCACUUCGACUGAAGCCGCGAUUGCGAACCUUUUUGGAGGAGAUUAUGAAGAAAAUCCGAGAAUAACGAGAAACGAAGCGGUGCCUUGUCAAUUGUGUGGGUUGAAGGUGUCAAAUCAGAGAUCGAGCCACGUCUAUCACACAAAUACCAGGCACAGUAAUUUGGAUCUCUAUGAAUGCACAUCUUGCGGGAAAACGUGGAAAACAAUCGCCAAAUCGGAUGUUCGAAAACAUGUUAAAUCUCUUCAUGAUGGAGAUGAUCGAUUCAUCAUUGAUAAUCGAAAGAGAUUUGCCGUUGAGCUGAGACAAUGGACAUUGAAAUGUUUUCCCAAAAUUCCACGUGAUCCAAGCGACAUUCUGACGAGCAGAGAAGGAGCCACCACAAGGGCUCUCGCUUUGUCACUCCUGAAGAGCCAAGGGUUGAACCCGAGAACAGGAUCUUUUUCUCCAUCAAAUAAAGAAGAUGAUGAU